AUGUCAUCAUUGAAUGCUGACAGCAGCCUUCUACCAGAAGAGCAGUUCCUGUGCUCUAUCUGCCUGAAUGUGUUCACUGAUCCAGUUACCACUCCUUGUGGCCACACCUUCUGCAAAGUUUGUAUUAGUGGACACUGGGAUAACAGUGAGAUAUGCCAGUGUCUAAAAUGUCCGAAACGAUUCUACGUGAGACCAGAGGUCUCCACCAACGCUGUGAUAGAAGAGAUCUCUGUGCAUAUCAAGAAAAGAAAACUUGAUAUACCAGAAUGCUCAGUUUCCGUUGGGGAGGUGGCUUGUGAUGUUUGUUCCACAAUAAAGCUCAGGGCCCUGAAGUCCUGCCUGGUGUGUCUGACCUCUUACUGUGAGAUUCACCUGGAGCCUCAUCAGAGAGUGGUGAAUCUGAAGAGACACAAGCUGAUCGACCCUGUGAAUAACUUGGAGGACAGGAUGUGUAAGAAGCACGAAAGAGGCCUGGAGCUGUUCUGUAGGACUGAUCAGACAUGUGUGUGUGUUUUGUGUACUGAGACUGACCACAAGUGUCACAAUACUGUACCCAUUGAAGAGGAGGGAGUAAAACAAAAGGCUGAGCUUGUGUCCACUAAGGCAGAGGUGCAGAAAAUGAUUCAGGACAGACAUGCAAAGAUGGAGGAGAUCAAACGCUCAGUGGUGCUCAGCCAAAAAAGUACUGAGAAAGAAGUGGAGGACAGUGAAAAGCUUUUCACUGAACUCUUACAGUCUAUAAAAAAAAGGAGAGCUAAGCUUGUCAAGGUAAUAGAGGAGAGGCAAAAAGCAGCGGAGAGGAGAGCUGAAGGGCUCACCCAACAGUUGGAGCAGGAAAUCACUGAGCUACAGAAGAGAAGCACUGAGCUGGAGCAGCUCUCACACACUGAGGACCACCUCCACCUCCUACAGGUCAGUAGUUUGCCGUCCCUUCGCACCCCUCCGUCUACUAAGAAAUGGCCCAGGGUGACUGUUAACACUGAUCUGUGUGUGGGGACUUUGAGAAGAGCCUUGUCUCAAAUUGAGGAAAACAUAAGAGGAGAACUAAAAGUUCUUACAGAAAUGGAACUCACAAGAAUGCAAGAGUUCAAAGAUGAAGUCACUCUGGACCCCAACACUGCAAAUCGUUGGCUACAGCUCUCUGAAGACGGAAUGCGAACAAAGUACGCCAAAACAGCCCAGACGGUGUCUGACAAUCCAAAGAGGUUUGACUACUACUCAGCGGUCUUAGGAGAGAAGGGCUUCAACUCUGGACGCCAUUACUGGGAGGUCCAGGUGGGCGUGAGUGGGAGGUGGGAGGUUGGCAUUGCCAUGAGGGCCGUCAACCGGAAGAAGGCGGUUAAAAAGAAUUCCGAACAUGGCUUCUUUGUUCUGUCAAAGAGCGGAUACUUGGAGUAUGAGGCUGGUUCUUCACCCCCUACCACCUUCAAUCUGAACCCCAUACCGAGAAGAGUCGGUGUGUAUGUUGAUUACGAGAAAGGGCAGGUGUCUUUUUAUGAUGUGCUGGCAAAGUCACACCUCUACUCAUUCCUUGGUCUGUCCUUCACCGGGAAACUUUACCCUUACUUUUACCUCUACAGCAUGAAAAAGAAGUCUGAGUCACUAGUCAUUUACAUCGAUUGGAUAAAGAAGUGCAAAGACCAUUUGAGGAGACUCUCCAAUACCGCAAAGUGAAGAUACUCACCAUAAAAGACUAGAUAUUAUUACUCAAUAGUACUCAAUAUUACACAAAAUUAAAUGACUUGGCACCCCUCACUAGUUUCCUCUGAUGUAAUAAAAUCCUGUAUCAUGUUUAUAUAGCAUGUGUUUCCUCAUAAACAUCAGUAAAAGUUAUAAAAUUAAGGAAUACAUGAAGUCGUUAUGUUGUCAUCAAAUAUGUGUGUGAAAUUCUGCUGUAUUUACAUGUUUCAAACAUUUUUGUACAUACAAGAUUUGCAAGAGAGGAAAGUACAAUUGAUGACAUUGAACAAGGAAAGAACAAGUCCAACAGCGUGUACUAGUAUUUGCACACAGGCCUGCUGUGGCCGUGACUUGAUUGUAUCUAUGAUUAUUACAGUAUUCUUCUCUGCCUUGUCAUUUAGCAUGAAAUGCCUAUUUGCAUAUUCUACCUACUCUCUCAGAUGCAUUUUGCAUACUAUGUAAAAACAUGUACAUAGAUAUUCAACAAUAGAUUUAUGUUUGUCUAUUCUCCAUGUCGUGUUAGAUUGUUAUCAUAAAGUAUGAAAA